AUGAUCCAACCACGCCAAAUCCUGAUCAUUAGCUUAAGUCGCUUCCUACGAGGCGAACCUCUACGCGGAAUCCUCGACAAAAACUGGGUUCCAUACCCCAAAGAACUCACACGCUUCAACAACGUCCCUUUUGACUUUGACAGGAACGAUAUCCCUACCGCCCUUCAAGAUCUCCAGUCUACCAUCGAGGCCCGCAAAUGGGAUGGUAUCUUGAUCGGCUGGUGUAUACGUGGAAAUCCCGAGCGAACAUCCUUAUUGGAAGAAGUGGUUGCUGUAUGCAGGAAGGCGAGUCAGGAUAGCGAAGAGACGAAGUUGAUGUUUUGUACGGGGCCGGAUAAUCUUGCUGAUGCUACGUUGAGGAAUUUUCCGGUGGAUGGGGAGGUUAGGGCUUAUAUGCCGUCCAGCUCUGAUAUUGCCUACUUGCGCCGCUGCGUGGAGCUUGCUCGCGAAGCACUCGAAGCAGGUGACGCGCCAUUUGGGUCAGUGCUAGUGAAUGCUGCUGGCGAGAUCAUCAAAGAGGAUCGCAAUCGAGUCACUACCGAAGCUGAUGUGACCUUGCACCCGGAGUUCACCCUAGCCAUUUGGGCACAGAAGAAUCUGACACCAACGGAGCGCGCUGCUGCCACGGUCUAUACUUCUGGCGAGCAUUGCCCGAUGUGCGCAGCUACUCAUGCAUAUGCGGGUUUGGGAAGGAUAGUGUAUGCGAGCUCUUCCGCUCAACUUGUGCUGUGGCGGGCGGAGUUGGGCAUAAAUCCUGGAGCGGUUGCUCCGUUAUCAAUCAGUCAGGUAGCACCGGCUCUUGUUGUUGAUGGGCCGGCUUCGGGUUUGGACGAGGAGGUUCGCGAAUUGCAUCGUCUUCGACAGGAACGUAGCACUAUAUAG